AUCAAGACGUCCGUUGUCCAGUUUCGUCGCAUCUUCUGGUGCACCAGCCGCCGCCGGCCUCCCUCGUUCGCCCUCUAUCCCAUUUAGAACCGCUAUCUUUUAAGGUUUUGCUCCCGAGACAAUACGAAACAUUGCUUGCCAUUUCCAGUCCCGCCGGCCCCAACUUUGCGCCGCCGCCUUGCACAAGAUUGCAUCCCCGUCUUGGAAGUGACAACUCGACGACACGACACGAGGUGGAGAUGGCUAACUCGGCGAACCCGCCUCACGCAGAACUGCAGUUCGUCGUGUCGACCGGCCUCGAAAAGCCCGAUGCCGACCUGCGCAAGUUCAUCCGCAGCCACGUCAUGAAGGGCAAGAACCUAGGCAAGAAGCUGCAGCCGCGAUCACAAAAGUCGAAGCACGCUCGAAAGCAACAGGCUGCAGAUGCCGACGCGGCGUCAGCAAGCGAUGCCCAGGCCGAACAUGACGAGCUCAUUGUAUAUGGCUCUUUUGCUCCCCCGACGCCCCCUCCUCGUCGUUCUUCUCCUCCCGCGCAGGCCCAGUCCCUCUACCCAGGCCCAGUGCCAAUCCCAGGCCCAAUGCCAAUCCCAGGCCCGCCCGCCUCGGUGCCUGCAAAGUUCGGGUCGGACGUGUCGUCGAUCCGGUUCCCCGACGAGGUGGAGCCUGGGGCGGUCGAGGCCGUGCUGCAGUUCUCCACCAUCGCCAAGCGCGUGCUAUUCCCCCUCGAGUCUUGCAUAUUCUUCGAGAACAGGGCCGAGACAUGGAUAGCCCCCCUGGCCGUCGACCCCGCCUUCCUUCACGUCAUGGCCUUCACCUCGCAGUGGUACUUUGACGUGAUUAUGCCUGGCAAACCCAUCGACGUCGUCAGCCGCCGCACUGUGCCGCACUAUACCCGGGCCAUCGAGAUCCUGCGCCAGCGCUUUGCGCGCGACGACGACCCGGCGCAGCUCUCCUUCACCACCGUCGCCGCCAUCAUGGGCCUUGCCGGCCACGCCUUCGUCACGGGCGACAUCAAAUCGGCGAGGAACCAUAUGGAGGGCGUGUACAGGAUAGUCAGGCUGAGAGGGGGUGUGUCGGGUUUUGCCGGGGCUACGAAGCUGGUAGUGGAGAUACUGAGGGUCGACAUUGGCAUGGAGCUCCACACGGGCUCAAGGCACAUCUUCUACAGCAGCUCGGACCCGCCCCCGCCGUAUCCGGACCUGACAGAGCUGCUCAAGCUGCGGGGGCCGUACGGCCCCAACACCCCCCCCCAACAGUGCCCCAUCAGCGCGUUCCCCGACGGCAUCGACAGAGGGCUGGCGCGGGCGUGGCAGGCGCUGGCCGACUUUUGCGCCGUCAUCAACUACGCGGCGGGCGCGGGAAAGUGCAUCCCGACGGAGACGUUCCGCGACGCCAUGGCCGCCGUCAUGUACCAGCUGCUGGAUUUGGGUGGGGGCCGCUUCGAACCCGGGUCGAGCGCCGAGGCCGUGCGGCUGGCCCUGCUGGCCUUCGCGGCCAACGUGUUCCUGCAGUGGAAGAUGAUGGGCGCGGGCUACGCACACCUGAGUGCCGCGCUCAGGUCGUGCUUCGCGCAGCUCGCGCCCUCGCGCGUCGACCCCCGCCUGCUCGUAUGGCUGCUCAUGGUCGGCGCCGUGUCGGUGCUAGAUACCCCUGAGGACGCGUGGUUGCGCAUGCUGCUGUAUGCUAAUGUGCGCCUGUGCGAUGUUGAGUCGUGGGAGGACAUGCAGCGCCUGCUUGGCUCGUUCAUGUGGAUUGGCAUGACGCAGGAUAAACGCGGGAAGGCCGUGUUCCAGUCGCUGUUUGCUUCGCAGGGUGUUGCUUCGUUUUAA